AUGGACGCAAAGAAGCGAUUACGCGACAGGGAUGUCGCAACGGGGGCAGAUGACUCCGAAACUGGGUCGUCACUGCCACCAGCUAAACGAAUUCCGAACCAAAAUGCUGCGGGAGGAACUGGAAAUACUCAAGAACUACUGUCACUCUUCACAGAUUGUAUGAGCGCACUCUCUACUAACAAGAUUUGUAGCCGCAAUGCUUUUGAUGUCGGUAUCAUUGACCAUAUGACAGAUCUAGUCCACUUAGACGGAGGAUCAGAUGACGAGGAUGAUAUGGUAGAAUUACCCGCAGAUGGAGGAGCCGCAUCACGUCGGUUAAACUUCACGCGCGCUUCGAAAGUCGUAGAAAGUGCCAGCAAAAUUUAUGGUUACCGUAUUGAAGCUAUAUAUGAUCAGACGUUCAACGUUCUGAUGAGCAUGAACAGUGCUGCUCAGGCUGAGGGCGGUAAUACGACAGUGCCAGUAGCUAAGACACGCAAUAAAGGACGGAUUAAACUGGAUUCUGCCUCUGGUUCUAGGACGCUUGCCCCUGAGGCUGAAGUAACGCUAUCAGAAAUACCAAUGGAUAAUGUGGUAUUAGAUCCAUAUUUUCUAAAAAUAUCAUCUAUGUUUGAUCAUAGUGGUGCACAAGGGCUUCUUCUGAUGAACUUACAGGUUACUGAUGACCUUUCACUGGACCUGGACGGAGAUAGCUUGGUAUUUGCCCCGCCAAGGCCACGGUCAGACGAGGACUGCGUAGUCGAAAUGUCGCAUUCAGCCAUCGAAGAGGUCGCUUUCAAAGGUUUGAAGGAUUCAAGGAAGCUUGAGAUAUUACCGGAGGCCUCGUACUUUCGAACUGAACUUCAGCGACUACAAGAUCUCAAGCGUCGGAGGCAAGGUGGUGAGACCGCUGACGUAGAUGACACAACUAUAUCGCAAACGGAUGAAGACGUGUCUUCCCAGGCAAAUGAGUUGCCAUGGAUGUCUGAACUAGCUUUGGACAAUCUAUUAUCUGAUUCUGUUCUCUCACAACCCGAUGGAAAUGCCAUUGAACCCCUCACUUUUGAGGCCAUCGCAUCUAAUCUUGAAGGGUCUGAGCCACCUAAGACUGCCAGUUCUAGAGCAUCAUCUGGUAUAGCGUCGAGUCUUGGAAUCGCAAUGCCAGCGUCUGGGAGGUUUGUGGGAUCCACGGAAAAUACAGGCAGGUCAAGCGUUGCACUCAGGCAGCGUUUACGUGAGAUAGACCUUGUUGGAGGUUCGCAGUUCUCAUACUACACCACCAAUAUCAAGAAAAUAAGUGGUGGUGGUGGUGAUGAUGAUGGAGCUUCUAGCCUUACGGGCAACGAAGUGGUUACUAGCAGCAGGAAGGGGGAAAGGUCCUCUAAGAUAAAGGAUGCUGUAUAUCGCGAUAUCUCUAGUUAUAUGCGCAUACAUUCGAUCAAAGAGGAAUUAGAAAGUAUAGGUCAGGUGUCCAAUUUACAGCCGACAAAGGCAUUAGGAAGACAUUCUGCCGAAAUCUUUACGGCGCCAGAUUACACGGGAUCAGUUUUUAAAUUCAGUGACAAUUUCUUGACACGUUUAGGGACACUGGGUAAUCGUAUAUUGAGGAUGGUAAGUGAUCAAGAUUGGCGAACAAAUCCAGGGGAUAAUCAGCCAGCGCCUUUACUUCAGAUUUACUACACCACUGACACGGAGGCACCGUAUAGCUCCCUGAAUAUCGAACAGAAUUUCUCUUGGAAAAUAGACGACCAAGUUGGAUUUAGCCACUACGACGAACCGUUAUAUAACUAUCAGGAUGCAGUGGAUGGGAAACCGUUUGAAUUUGCAUUGGAUGAGCUGGAUUCUGAUGCCUUGCACGUCUCGGUAUCAAACGAUAUUUCAUUGAGUACAUCAAUAGAUGAUAUGUAUGAGCCGGAAACGUUUGAUCCACCGUUGGUAUUGAGUCAAACUGUAGAUACGGGAUCUGUGAUAAAGCCCAUAGCCGAUACUGCGGGUGGCGUGAUAGCUCCGGCACCGGUGACUGCUUAUGUGGAUAUAUUUAAGAUCAAGAAGACACUGUGUAGCGUAAUAUUGCCACCUCCUGACUUCCAGGAGGCUAUAGAAGAUGAAAAACAACUUAAAGGUGUAAAGUCGGCUCCAUCACACACAGAAGAAAGCAGCUGUAUGUUCCAACAUGCCAUCACCGAGACACUGAAAAGGCUGAAUGAUUCCGAAGUUGCAGCACUUAACAGUCAUAUCAUGUUCGUAUGUCUUCUACAUGUAUGCAACGAGCAUGAUCUGUUGUUGCGGCAAACGGCAGCUCUGGAAGACUUCAAGAUAUGUGUAGGAGCGCCCAAGCAACAUCAUCUGGGAAACUUUUCACGUUCAAGAUCAAGCUAA